UACAAUUAUCUCUCUCUAGAAGUAAAGUGGGAAACCAGGCGAUUUUCUCUCUCUACCGUCCAUUUUCUCUUUAAUCUGGUUUACUCUCCAAAGAAUCAUCGCUCUCUCUCUGUUCCCUUUAAUUUGCUCUUUCAUCUGAUCUUCAUCUCGAGCUAAACCCAAAAUAAUCCGAUCUUUUUUGCGUACGACCUGGCCAUCGUUCAAUGGGGUUAAUCAUCUGCAUCUCCUCCUCAUCAUCAUAAUGCGAGCUUAUCUUUUGACUGUAAGAAGAAGAAGAGGAAAAGUAGUGGUUCAAGAAUAUGGGGAUUCACGGCCUUCUCCCUCUGUUAAAAUCAAUCAUGAACCCCAUUCACAUUAAGGAGCUCAAGGACAAGAAUGUUGCAGUGGAUACCUAUUCAUGGCUCCAUAAAGGGGCUCUUUGUUGCAGCAAGGAGCUCUGCAAGGACGAGUGGACCACCAAUUGGCGGCUUGGGUUGGCGAUUACAUUCUCACUAAUAUUGAUAUUCAUACAUGGUUUUUUGCCUUUCAUCGUUAGGGAUUGGGAUUUUUCUGGGCAUAUUGAUUAUUGCAUGCACAGAGUAAAUCUACUAAGGCAUUAUGGUGUCAAACCUGUUCUUGUGUUUGAUGGAGGUCUUCUGCCCAUGAAGAGUGACCAAGAGGCUAAGCGCCUAAGGGCAAGGAAGGAAAAUCUGGAGCGUGCAAUUCAUCAUGAGACAUCAGGCAAUUCAACAGCAGCUUACGAAUGCUAUCAAAAAGCUGUUGACAUAUCCCCCUCAAUUGCUUUAGAACUCAUUGAGGUUCUAAAACAGGAGAAUGUUGCAUACAUUGUGGCUCCUUAUGAAGCCGAUGCACAAAUGACCUUCCUCUCCAUGAAUAAGCAUGUUGAGGCAGUUAUUACUGAAGACUCUGACCUAAUACCAUUUGGUUGUUCCAGAAUAAUUUUUAAGAUGGACAAAUUUGGACAAGGUGUGGAGUUCUUAUAUUCUAGUCUGGCAAAGAACAAGGAGCUUAAUUUCACUGCAUUCACAAGGCAAAUGCUUCUUGAGAUGUGUAUAUUAAGUGGCUGUGAUUAUCUUCAGUCACUGCAGGGUAUGGGGAUAAAAAGGGCAUAUUCCCUAAUUCAGAAAUUUAAAAGCCAUGAGAAGGUGAUAAAGCACCUGAGGUAUAAUGGUGUUUCAAUACCACCUUUAUAUGAAGAAACAUUCAAGAAAGCUAUUUGGACAUUUCAGCAUCAAUGGGUCUAUGAUCCUGUUCAGGAAAAUAUUGUGCAUUUGGUGGAAUUACGUUGUGACUUUGGCAUUGAUCUGGAAUUUUUGGGCCCACCUAUGUCUCAAUCUGUAGCCAAAGGCAUAGCAGAAGGCGUACUCGAUCCAAUCACUAAAUUGCCUUUUCAGAAUGCUGUAAUUCAUCCCCAAGAUGUGCCUGAUAGAUCUUACAAAGUCAAAGAAUUUCAACCACAAAUUCAAAAGAAAAAGCUGGAUUUGCCUGCACAGAAAAAUGUCCUGACUAAUUACUUUUGCUUGGCAUCUAUUCAAGCGAAGAGAAGUUUUAAGGCCCCACGAGUCAAGUCUAAGCCAUCAGAGUCUCCUGAAGAAUCUAGUCCUGAUAGUCCGGUCCUAGUGAUGGAUUUGGUAGGCAUGGCUAAAGAGCCUGUAGGCUGUUCCAUAAAUUCGUGUAAAAGAUCCAUGAUCUGCCAAGAAAGCUCUAAGAGCAGCAUCAGAGAACCAGAAUUAUUUUGUGUCAAAGAAGAUGGUCUCAACUUGCCUGAAGAUCAGAUUACCAAUCACGUAAGGAAUGAGCCUCCUACAUUGGUAGAGAAAACAAGAGUAGUGAAGCGAAAAGUCAUUGUAAGGAGUACUUAUUUUCGGCAUAACUUAUCUAAAGACAAGAAAGGCCCUGCAGUUAAAAAGCACAACAUAAAGAGAGAGAUUGAGGAUGAUGUUUCAUUUGACUGUGAUGGAAGUAAAAGCACCUCUUAUGGCGAUCAACAUCUGGAAGAGACUUGCGAAGCUCCAAACUCAAUCCCUCAGAAAAUUCAACAUGGAAACGUGGAAGUUAAAGAUGGCCCUGAGAGUUUAAACCUGAACAUGACAAGUAAACCAGUUCCUGGUGUUGAAAGUAAACAUAGAGGAAUGGAUUUGCCAGUCAGAGGUCCAGGGUGCAAUCUCUCCCACUUGAACCAUUACUCUGAAAUUGCAGAGAAAUCGAUUGAAAGAUUUGUUUCUUCGUUGUCUUCAUUCAGAUGUGGGUCAUCAGGUUCUCGUGCAAGUGGCCUUCGUCCACCUCUAAAAGAUGUGAAGAACACUGGUGUAACUAGAUCAAACCCCUUCACAGAUGAUUUUAGCAGAUUUGCAUAUGUUACUUGCAACCGGAAGACCACAUCAACUGCUCACCUGAAGUAAAUUGGCACUCUAGAGGCAUGGCAAGCCUUUCAAUGUUCGGCAAUGAAUUUUGCAAGAAAUCUCUCACAUAUGCACGUUACUGGAAACUGAAGUUUUCCUGCUGUCCCCUCCAUGCAUUUGCCUGUGGAGAAACCCCAUUCUCUGUCAUUUAAUUAUUCAGCGGUGCUGGCAACCAAAGCUGGAUAUUGUUAAUCUCACACAAGUUAAAGGUUCACAUAAAUGUAGUUUUGACACUUUACCGGCCAUGUUCAAUCCGCAUAUCAAUGCAGGUCUAAAGUGUGUUGUCAUAUUUAGACACUAGUUGAUUUGUGUUAUAUUUGGACAAGAAGUUGUUUCUUAUUGUAUCAUGCAAUGAACAAACAUGAGAUGUGAGCAUUUCUUUAGAAGUUGCUGUAUUUUGUGAUGAACAAGAAAUAUGGGCAAUUUUAGGGAUUUUGAAGA